GGAGUGUGAAAAUCUCCCUUAAAAAAUUGAUACGGCAUUUGGUCUUAGCAAACCUACAAUGGCAGAUUGCCAGGAUCAGGUUGUACUUCUUAACAGUCCACUCUGAAGAGAGAGAGAGAGAGAGAGAGAGUGAUCAAUUGACGAUGUCGUUCUCGUUCUUCAAGCCGUCGAGGCCCAAAACACCACAAGAGCUCGUCAGAGCGAUCAAGGACAGUCUCCUGGCUCUCGACACCAAAACCGUCGCCGAGGUCCAAGCCCUCAAGAAGGCUUUGGAAGAAGUUGAGAAGAAUUUUUUGGCAAUGAGAGUUAUGCUUUGUGGUGAUGGGGAGGUUGAACCAAACUUGGAUCAGGUGUCACAGCUAGCACUUGAAAUCUGUAAAGAAGAUGUUCUUGCUCUUUUCAUUCACAAGUUACCCAUUUUGGGAUGGGAAGCGAGAAAGGAUUUAGUUCACUGUUGGUCCAUGCUGUUGAAGCAACAGGUUGGCUCUACUUGUUGCUGCGUCGAAUACAUAGAGAAUCAUUUGGAGUUAUUAGACUUUCUCGUUGUGUGCUAUGAUAACAAGGAAAUUGCCUUGAAUUGUGGAAACAUUUUAAGGGAAUGCAUCAAAAUACCUACCCUGGCAAAAUAUAUACUAGAGUCUCCAAGCUUUGAGUUGUUUUUCAAAUACGUGGAGCUGCCGAACUUUGACAUCGCCUCUGAUGCAUUUUCUACCUUUAAGGAUCUGCUUACUAAACAUGAAGAUGCAGUCUCUGAAUACCUCACUGCUCAUUAUGAUGAGUUCUUCGAGGAAUAUGAAAAACUCUUGAGCUCCUCUAACUAUGUGACAAGAAGACAAUCUUUGAAGCUUCUCUCGGAAUUUCUUUUGGAGACUCCAAAUUCACAUAUAAUGAAGCGCUACAUUGUUGAAGUCCGAUACUUGAAAGUUAUGAUGACAUUGCUGAAGGAUUCAAGCAAAAACAUCCAGAUCUCUGCUUUCCACAUUUUUAAGGUUUUUGUGGCCAACCCUAGCAAGCCUCGAGAUAUAAAAGUUAUCCUGGCUAAAAAUCACGAGCGAUUGCUGGCCUUGCUUCACAAUCUCUCUCCCGGAAAAGGUGCCGAUGAUGAUCAAUUUGAAGAAGAAAAGGAACUGAUCAUUAAGGAGAUUGAAAGAGUAUCUCGGCUGCCAAACCUUGAAUGAUAGGUAUACCUUCCCAUUGUUGUUGAAUUCUGUUCGUACCCCAAUCCUGUAAAUUUGUGCUGUAAUGAACUAUGCUUGGAAGGAUUUUCAUAUCGAAUGGAAAAUUGUGUCGGAGGGCUUUGGUAACUGGGGUGACAGGAUUUUUUAGCUAUGUCUCUAUAUCAUAUGGCAAUCCAAGCCUUUAUUUGGAGGAAAAGGAAAAAAACAUUACUUCUUGUUUCAUUGGUUGAAACCCUUCUUAAUGUUGAGGAGCAUAUAGAUUCCAAGAAAGAAAAGUGAAAUCCAAUGGGUUUGAAUGUUGAAUCCUAAACUGGGAUUUA